CACUAACAGCUCACGGGUAGUCGCACGUGUUUAUAUUUGUUUCCGACUUUGUUGCGCCUUUUCGCAUUAAAAUGGCUUUUGGACGCCCUCGUGGUGGUGGUGGCAGAGGUUCUCGCGGAGGUGGUGGAGGUGGUGGAGGUGGACGCGGCGGUGGUGGAUUCAACAAGUUCGGAGGAGGAUUUAAUAAAGGCGGAGGUCGGGGCACCUUUGAUCAGGGCCCGCCCGAGCGUGUGAUUGCAUUGGGCAACUUUAGCUAUGCAUGCCAGAACGAUCUAGUUUGUAAAGUAGAUAUAGAUGAUGUACCAUAUUUCAAUGCACCAAUAUUCCUGGAAAAUAAGGAGCAGAUCGGAAAAAUUGAUGAAAUUUUUGGCACAGUUCGGGACUACUCCGUCUCCAUUAAACUUUCUGAUAAUAUAUUCGCAAAUAGUUUUAAGCCGAAUCAACAGUUGUUUAUUGAUCCUGGAAAGUUGCUGCCAAUUUCAAGAUUUCUACCAAAGCCACCACAGCCGAAAGGUGCUAAAAAGAAGGGCGGCCCUAGUGGUGGAGGAGUAAGGGGGCGUGGAGGCGGAAUGGGACGUGGUGGACGCGGCGGCGGUGGCUUUAGGGGAGGGUCAAGCCGAGGAGGAGGCGGCGGUGGAUUUAAUAGAGGACGCGGUGGCGGCGGCGGCGGUGGUGGAUUUAAUAGAGGUCGUGGUGGCGGUGGUGGCGGAGGAGGGCGCGGCCGUUGGUAAUACAAAAUGUGAAACUGAAUAAAAUGAAAAGAAAAAAUAUAAAAACUAAUUAGAUGUUUGAUAAAUCGUAAA